AUUUAUACGUGAUGUCACCUGAAUUGUUAUCUUCGUCUCAUGGUUAUGUCGUACUUUUUUAGGGAUUGUAAAGGGAACCCGAGGUGACUUCGAAGGCUCCAAUAGAGAGUUGCCUUGAAGAUGAGUGUGCCCCGUUACUCAGAAGAUAAGUUUACUCCGCCUGAGAAGAUACACCCGGAUCUUCCUGAUCUCCCCGGUGGACCUCUAGAUGUAUAUAGAAGAAGGGCUUCCUUCAACUGGAAGGACAUGGUCAUGUUUCUAGAUGGUGAAGAAAUAAUCGCGUUUAAGAAACGUGUGUUUGGGGUUCUGGAGAACGACCCCUUCUUCGCUCGGCAGCCCGGGGAGGACGUCUCCAUGGAGCAAGCUCGCGAGGCCACCUUCUUCCGCUAUAAGCAGCUCCUGAAGCACGACUUGCUCCCCCAGGAGGAAAUGAUGCAGAACCCCCUGAAGUCCAGCGCGCUCACCGACUGCCUGAACAUGUACGACGCGGCUACGGGGGCCAAGUUCUUCCUCAGUCAACAGAUGUUUGGCGGGACAGUAGCCAGGAGCGGGUGCAGCAGACAUGAGAAGUUUGUAGAGGAUGUGAACAACAUGACCACCUUUGGGUGCUUCGCUCUGACAGAGCUGAGCCAUGGCACUAAUACCAGAGGAAUGAGGACGACGGCCACCUAUGACCCCAGCACUCAGGAGUUCGUAAUAAACUCCCCGGACUUUGAGGCUGCUAAGUUCUGGGUGGGGAACCUGGGCAAGACCGCUACCCACGCCGUGGUGUUCGCACAGCUCUUCACCCCCGAUGGCCGCUGCCACGGACUACAUUCCUUCGUAGUGCAGGUUAGGGAUCCUAAGUCCCUCCUUGCUAUGCCAGGAGUGAUGGUUGGCGACAUAGGCAAGAAGAUCGGAAUGAAUGGCCUAGACAAUGGGUUCGCGCUGUUCCACAACGUCCGCAUCCCGCGAGAGAAUCUGCUCAACAGGACUGGUGAUGUCACACGCGAAGGACAGUAUGUCACUCCCUAUAAGGACCCAAAAAAACGCUUUGGGGCUUCGCUGGGCGCCCUGUCGGGGGGCCGGGUGGGCAUCGUUGGAAUGUCCAUGGCCAACCUGAAGAUGGCAAUGACUGUGGCCGUCCGCUUCUCCGCCUCCCGCCGCCAGUUUGGCCCCACCGUGGAUGAGGAGGUGCCAGUCCUGGAGUACCAGCUACAGCAAUGGAGAUUGAUUCCCUACUUGGCUGCUAUGUAUGCCAUUUCCACAUUCCACAAGUCUUUCUUCAUGAACUUCAUAGAGUUCCAAAUUGGACUCAUCUUGAAGGACAAGAGUGAGAGACAGGAGGAGCUGGGCCGGGAGAUCCACGCCAUCUCCUGCGCCAUCAAGCCCCUGGCCUCCUGGACGGCUCAGCGGGCGAUCCAGGAGUGCAGGGAGGCCUGCGGGGGACACGGGUACCUGGCCAUGAGCCGGCUCGGGGACCUCCGAGACGACAACGACCCGAACUGCACCUACGAGGGUGACAACAACGUCCUUCUGCAGCAGACCAGCAACUACCUGCUCAGCUUCCUCAGAGCCAAGCAGCAAGAUGAAGGUAGAUUUGAGUCUCCUCUGGGCUCUGUGAACUUCCUGGAGGACUCGAACAGCAUCCUGGAGCAAAGGUUCACUGCCACCUCAGUGGAGGACUGCCUGGACUCUGCAGUCUCGCUGGCGGCCUACAAGUGGUUGGUGUGCUUCCUGCUGAGAGAGAGCGCUCAGAAAGUGGCUCAGGAGAAGCUGUCUGGAAAAGCAGACUUUGAGGCGAGGAACGACAGCCAGGUGUACUACUGCCGGUCGCUGGCCAUCGCGUUCAUCGAGCACGCCGUCCUGCAGCGCUUCCACGACCUCGUCCACGCCGAGGACACGCCCCCCUCGCUGCGGCCGGCGCUGCGGCGGCUCGCCGCUCUCUACGGGCUGUGGGCGCUUAGUAACCACAUGGCCGUGCUCUACCAAGGUGGAUACUUCUGUGGGAAGGAGCCGGUUGAUUUCGUCCAGAACGCUAUCGUCGGACUCUGCUCUCAGCUGAAAGACGACGCCGUUUCCCUGGUGGACGCGGUCGCUCCUCCGGACUUCAUUCUGAAUUCGCCCCUCGGAAAAGCGGACGGUCAGCUUUAUAAGAACAUGUGGUCCACGAUGCUGCAGCAGAGCAAAGUGCUGGAGCGCCCGUCCUGGUGGGCCCAGUUCUGCUUCGACAAGCCCGAAGUGGGCUCCCUCCGGGCCAAACUGUAGCCCCCGUCCCGGCGGCCCAGGGGACACAGGAACCGGCUACGAAACAGGGGUGACCUUCAGCGAUAACAGCGCCCGUCUGGGGGAAAUUAAACUCUACCGCACCCUAACCACCGACCGUUUCAUUUACCGUGACCUCUGUCUGUCUGUCUGUCUGUCUGUCUGUCUUCUACACUUCACCGUGGGCCGUGCGCUGCUUUUGGGAGCUGGCAGUUGCGAAGCCACGAACGCGUGUCCACGACUCAUCAGUCAAACGUGGCAUGGAGGAAACUGGGGAAACGGAAUCAACGCUGAAAGGAAGUCAUGGUGUUUCGUGAACGCACGGUUCCGUGUUUCCAUGGCAACGGUACGGUUGCCAUCCGUGUCAAACGUGGCCCGUCUGCUCUCCAUUUGUGUGUGCUCCCAGCAGAGUGGAGGAGGACUAACACGUGUGCUUAAUUGCCCAGCGUUAUAGGCUAUCACUUAGGGUGUGCUGAAAUUCAGCAUGUGGGAUAGAAAUUCAAGCCUAAUCAUAGAGGAUCACAAUGUUUUUCCUUCAAUGCAUAGGAUGAGAAAUUAAUCCGUUUUGUUGAGGACUGUCAAUUUGCGCUUUUUGAAAGUGGAAUAUAUUCCAUUGGUUUCGCCUGCUGACAGGCUGGAAUCUGCGUCUGUUCAUGAAUCCCAUCACUCAAAGUGUCCCUCUGUGUUUCUCAGAGCCAAAGGCUCUGCGAUACAUUACAGUGACAGUGACAUUUCCCCUUCACAUGCUCUGGUUUAGUGAAACCCAAACAGGAGAUUCCAGUGGGUUUAAAGGAGUAACAUUACAUUACAUUACAUUAUAGGCAUUUAGCAGACGCUCUUAUCCAGAGCGACGUACAACAAGUGCAUAGGUUUCAUGAUGUAGAGGCGCAAAAGAAACACUAGAGUGAAGUAAGGAUCGUAGUGCCAGAAGUGACCACAUCGAUCAGGACUCCAACCCUGUAGAGUAAGCUUGUUCAGCAAGCAAGAAACAUGGUGGUUGAACGUGACACUUCCCAGUUGUCUUUAGGCAACAACAAAACAAAUGUGCAUAAUUUUUUUAUUAUUCAGUCAUUUCAAUGUACUUUAAAACAUAUUUUUCUAAGCCUAAAUUUCCCACUAUAAAAGUUCACCCGAACCGUCUGGGCGCAAACUAUGGGUCUCGAGUUAUCCAUGGGUUUACGGGGCGUGGAAAGGGGAGUGGUUACUGUGUUUGUGACGCACCAAGUUGACAACUUUCUCAACCGGUUGAAAAUAAGACGAUAAAUUUAAAACGCAUAUUUCUCCAAAAAAUACAGAACGGUCAUAUUUAAUACUUUACUCAUUGUGUUUCUUCAAUACCUCUUGUGCAAAUAGCACAUAAAACCGAGAAACUGUGAAAAUCACCAUGGUACUCCUUUAAGGUUGGGCUCACAGAGAAUAACAUCACCGGCGGCCAUCUUGAGACCUAAGACCUAGAGUUGCUGUUUACUCGAAACGGUAUACUUUCAAGGAAGCCAGACACGCCUUUACAUGUCAUAAUGAAAUCAUUUUAGUCAGAGGCUGUGCCAAAAAUUCCACUGUCAAACUGUCAAAUUGUGAGUCCUACAAGACGGAAGUGUUUGUAAAAUUCAAGGUCGUGUGCUGAAAAGGUUCAGCACACGACCUUGAUUGUGUAUGUAUCUUUUGUCUGAUCAUUUUGAUUAGGUUAUCUUUUUUUGAUUCUUGUUGUAAGAGAAUUCUCUGGAUUGUUCCUCGAGUUACUCACUGGCUUUACAGAUUUGCCGUGAUUUCCAGAUGCCUUGUUAAUAGAAAUAGCGUUCUUGGCUAGAAAUAGCUGUACAAAAUAAGUAAUUGUACCUUACUGAACCCGUGUUCAGCAGUUGUCUAUGAUCAUGAAAAUGCACUUUUUUGUACGUCGCUUUGGAUAAAAGCGUCUGCCAAAUGAAUGUAAUGUAAUAGUUGAAUAAAAUUAAUUGUUUUAUAGUUAAAUUUUCAUAUGCUCCCAUUUGGUGUAACCAGGCUUACGAUAUGCCUAAUUUGUGGAGAACUCAAGCUAAAUAUACCAAUUUAAUAUUGAUGAAAGACACAGGGUAAAGUGGACCACAUUAAACCUAAAGGAACAUGUCAAUAAUGUCUAAAUUCAUAAAGGCUGGGAAGACUUAUUUAAUUACAUAGUAAAGGAUUUGUAAAUCAGGAUUUGACUGAUUUUGUAUGGACCUGGGUGCCUCAUCUUCAAGUAAAAAAUAAAUAAAAGCUAACUUGAACUAA